AUGUCUGUUGUUUCUGGACCAAUUCCUCGUUCUAAGCUUUUCACAUGCUUGGCUUGUCAAGUCACUUUUAACACUGCUCAAGAUCAAAGAAAUCAUUAUGGAACUGAUUGGCAUCGAUAUAAUUUGAAAAGAAAAGUUGUAGAAUUGCCACCUGUAACCUAUAAUGUAUUUGAACAAAAGGUCUUAGCUCAACAAGCGCAAAGUAAAGACGCGGACGAAAAGGCUAGUUUCUCUGCUGAAUGUGCCGCUUGCAAAAAAACCUACUAUUCUGAAAACGCUUAUGCUAAUCAUUUGCGUUCCAAUAAACAUAAAGUCGCUGAGAUAAAGGCUGUGCAAGAUGGUGGUGCGCUGGCAAAAAAAACUACGUUGAAUUCUCGUAAAGACGAAGAAAACAUGCAAGAAGAUGAGAUUAAAUUGACUGAUGUCGAUUGUCUUUUCUGUACACAAAAAUCCGAAUCUUUUGAAGCCAAUUUGUCACAUAUGACUAGAGCUCAUAGUUUCUUCAUUCCAGAAAUAGAAUAUUUAGUCGACAUUUACGGACUAAUAAAAUAUUUAGGAGAGAAAAUUGCUGUUAAUAAUUUGUGUUUAUAUUGCAAUGGGCGAGGGAAAGGUCUAAAAAGUCUUGAAGCUGUCCGACAACAUAUGAUAGAUAAAGGGCACUGCAAGAUUGCUUAUGAUAGGGAUGAAGAUAUAAUGGAAGUUGUAGAUUUCUAUGAUUUUACUUCCAGCUAUCCAGUAGAAGAAGGUUCUGAAGAGUGGGAAAAUAUUGAUGAUGAAUGGGAAGAUGUUGAAGAAGACAUUGUUGUUGAGAGUGAUGCCAAAUUUUCAAAAGGUGGCUUAUUGAAUGAAGAUGACAUUGAAUUAAUAUUACCAUCUGGUGCACGUAUCGGACAUCGUUCAUUACGAAGAUAUUAUAAACAAAAUCUGCGUCCUGAAGAGAAUAGAGACUCUAUUAUUAUAAACCGUCUUAUUACUCAAUAUGGCAGUAAUUUUGAUUAUCAUCGACGCUCUGGAGGCGUUCUUGUUGCGAAAGGUGGUCAUACAAAGCAUGUACAAUACUACAUUGCAACUUUCCAAGAUAAACGUCUUCAUAAUGAUUUUGAUACACGUGUUGGUAUUAAGUCCAACAAAUUACAACGCCAUUUUAGGGCCCAAAUAUUGUAA